AAUCAUUGAGUAUUCUCGAAAAAUUGUGAGUAUUCAUUGUAACAACAUGAUUGAGACUGAUUGUGUAUGUUAUCGUUAGAAAUUGCCAGACGUAACGCUGUGAUGGGCAGAUUCCACGUUUCGGUCUCAACACAGCACGAGGAAGUGGGAACAAAACGAAACUCAAACGUGCAACCUGUGUCCCGGUCAAACGUGCAUGCAUCGGUGAUCGUGCCUUGCACGAGACGGUUGCGUCAUACCGAAAGAAUGGAAAGCAGAACGAAUAAAUCGAACGAAAGUAGGUAGAAAAACGAGUUACGAGAUCUAGUGAAUCAACGAAUCAUCGCCAUUUUCACGUGUAGAACUUCUCCAUCUGUGCUCUCAAAAUAGUUCCCUACGACGCAGUACCUUACACAAGAACAUGCAUCAAUCAUCUUGGCUCACAAGUACAUAAGGUGCUGUGUCUUAGGAAACUAGUUGGUGGACGCAGAUAGAGCAUUGGACAUGAGAUUGAAGUAUCACAGAAAAGGAAAGAAACUACUACAUGGGAGGGCAGUUUCGCUGAUUUGUUUCGGGAUGCAGCUUGUUUUAUUGGUCGUAGCUCUCUUUUCGAAUGCGACAGCCUUGAGAGCAAACAGUUGGCAAAAACGAUUCGACCGAGCGUUUCUCCAAGUUGAUGGAGUAACCCCAGAAGGUCGAUUUCGCUCCUUCCAACGCGCCUUAAAAGAUCCCAGAUUGCGAUCAGAUGUGUCAAAAGCAAUCGAUAUCAUCCAGGAAAAAGGAUUCGGAAAAGGGCACCCAGAAUUCAUCGAGAUUUUAUGGCCGAAGGGCACCCAGGCCCGUCGAGACCUGGAGGCGAUUAACGCUCUAACAAAACAAAUCCCAGAACGAAUCAAUGAAUUCGAAAAUGAUUCUCCUGAAUCAAGAAGCAGCAACCUUAAUCGCCUUUUUCAAUCGAUCCAAGAUGGCGUUAGUGCAGAAGUUGCGGCUUCUUCUUUUCUAAAAAGAUCGCGAUCGGAUCCAGAGGGUGCCGUUCGUCUCGCAGAAAAUGUUUUUCGCAAUGCGCCCAUUGGACUAGAAUCCCCAUCCUAUGAAGUCCUGGGAAAGUUUUCAAAAGAAGAAGGGGAUACGACGACGCCAGGUAACAAAAACAAUGAUAGCGACCAUGAUGAUGCAGAAGCCUCCGCCAAUAAGAAAGAAUCAUUUACGACUUGUGCACCCAUGGAACUUCGACGAUAUGACGCCUUCCGAUCCAUAUCUACCCCGAUUCUGGACACAGGAUCAUCGUCGUACAUGCUGGAAUCUAUGGGUUCGGCUUUGGUCAGGCUCAGUAGCUAUCUUGAGCUCGGUAACAAUGUUGAUCAGAUUGUCAUGUCCAUGACAGUGCCAUUUUUCAUCUCUGACUCUCCAACGAAAGGAGUGGAUAAAAUGUUUAUGAAACUCCCCCUGAAGAACGAGAGUGAUCCGCCAGAGACAGUUGAAUCUUCAGGAAUCACGUUGGAUGAUUUUCCUGAGACUGUUUUUGCAACCCUUUCCUUCCCAGGUAUAUGUACUGAUCAGGAGAUAAAGCGCCAAAAGGCAAAACUUUUGGAACGUAUCAAGGAAGCAGGGGAUAUCGGAUGGAAAGUUGGCAGACAGAUGGGAAGCGAUGAUAAAAUCGAGCUGGGAGAGGGAGAAUCAAACGAUGAAGGCCAAGAAUUCUUCGUCCUUCAGUACAACCCUCCCGGUACUCUGCCAUGGAGGCGAACGAACGAAAUCGCAAUUGUGAUGGAGAAAGCAAGUCAAACACAUGAUGACAAGGAAGUAAAAGACGAUGUGGAUCUUGAGCCAAAAAUACCAGAAAAUGCUGAUACUCUCAAAAAUAUCAACAUCGAUGAAUAGUUUAAAUCUUUAUUGUUCCCUCUUUAUUUAAUGUAACAUAGCGAC